UGAUUUCUACUGUUUCUUCUUCGCUUAAGCACAAUUUGCUUUGAUUUUGAAUAUUCAAUCACUUUCUCGAAUUUCUUCAUCUUUGACUACAAAAAACAACUUAUCAAAUCCAUUUUUCCUUCACAAAUUCUCUCCAAUCUCUUGCAUUCCCGUCAUGGAAGUCUUGUUCCACUCUUCAGAUUUCCUUCUCCCUUCUCCUUCUUCGUCUUCUUCUUCUUCUCUGCCCGACCGCCGCCGUUCUUCAACCUACGCCCUCGUUCUGCUCAAUCAACGCCUCCCCAAAUUCACUCCCUUGCUCUGGAAGCACGCACAACUUCGUUUGUGUGCCGAUGGAGGCGCCAAUCGUGUAUUUGAUGAAUUUCCUUUGAUGUUUCCUCAUCUAGAUGCUUUGGAUGUUCGUAAUAGCUACAAGCCAGAUGUUAUUAGAGGAGACAUGGAUUCAAUUCGGACAGAAGUACUAGAAUUUUAUGCUAUGCAAGGAACCAAAAUAUUUGAUGAAUCUGAAGAUCAGGAUACCACAGAUCUUCACAAAUGUGUUGCAUAUAUUCUUCAAUCUAUUCCAAAUCAGGAGUCUAAUCUGUGUAUCCUUGUUGCUGGAGCUCUGGGUGGACGGUUUGAUCAUGAGAUAGGAAACAUUAAUGUUCUAUGCCGUUUCUCAACCACUCGCAUAAUCCUUCUGUCUGAUGAUUGUCUUAUUCAUCUUCUGCCAAGGACUCAUCACCAUGAAAUCCUUGUUCAUUCAUCUGUAGAGGGGCCACAUUGCGGUCUCAUUCCGAUUGGGAUGCCUUCUGGAAGCACAACAACCACUGGUCUUGAAUGGGAUUUGAGUGACACAGAGAUGAAGUUUGGGGGUCUAAUUAGCACAUCAAAUAUAGUUAAAGAAGAGAAGGUAACAGUGCAAUCUGACUCCGAUCUUCUCUGGACGAUCUCAUUAAAAAGCCAUAAUUAGCAAAAGCUUCAAUUAAUUUUCAGCAUUAGGUAAUGGAAUCGUCUUUCUCCAUUUGAAAUAAGUUCCCCCCCCCCUUCACAUCUCUAGUAGAUUUUAUAGUAUUUGAGUUUCAACUAGAUUCAUUUUGCAUGUACUUAAAUUUCAUUUUUAUGUUAGUAGGAAGCUUAUUUGCAAAUGGGUAAAGUUUCUUUUUCUCUCCUUAUGAUUUUGGAGGUCAGUGCCAUUAUAUAUGUAUGUCAAUUGUAUUUUGUAACACUUAAUAAUACUCCCUUUAUUGGUUGAGAGCUAAAGUAUACUUUAUCAGCAACGACGUUUGAUUUGUAUACUCUGUUAAAUUUUUUAUUUAACGAAAAUUGUGACUACGGUGACUGAGAAAUGAAGACAAGAAGUACCUGUGAAGAA